AUGGAUUCUAAAUCAGAAAACAUCCAAGUGGAUGUUGAAAAAUAUAUUGGUGAAGAUUCAUCAAAAGUAUCUGAUAAUGAAUUAACUACCAAAUUUAAAGAUUUUAAUGAUAAAUUUGAUGCUGAAAAAUAUGGAGAGACUCAAAGAAAGUUAUCAUCAAGACAUGUGGGAUUAAUGAUUAUUGGACAAUCUAUUGGUUCUGGGUUAUUUAUUGGGUUAUCAACACCUAUGGUUACAUCAGGUUCUUUAUCAUUAUUUAUUGGGUUUGUAUUUUAUUCAGUUUUCGUUAUUUGGCCAUUAAUGCAAGGUGUUGCAGAAAUGUGUUCAUUUUUACCUAUUAAAGGUAGUUUCUUACAUUAUAGUGCAAGAUGGGUUGAUCCAGCUUUAGGUUUUACUUGUACUAUGAUUUAUUUAUAUACUUCCCUUAUGUUCGUUGCUUUAGAAGCUACUGCAUUUGCUGGGGUGGUUGCAUUUUGGACUGAUGUGAAUCCUGGGGUUUUCAUUGCUGUUGCCUUAGUAUGUACAUUAUUCUUCAAUGUUUUUGGGGUUAAUUGGUAUGGAGAAAUCGAAUUUUUUGCAUCUAUUACCAAAGUUUUAUUAAUUGUUGGGUUAAUGUUCUUUUCAUUAAUUUCAAUGUGUGGUGGUAAUCCAAAAGGUGAUGCUUAUGGAUUUGAAAACUGGCCAAAAGGUGGUUUAGUUAAAGAAUAUUUAGUUCCUGGAACUACUGGUAGAUUCUUAGGUUUCUGGAAAGUUAUGGUUUACGCUGCUUUCAGUUGUGGUGGUCCAGAUUUAUUAGGUAUGAUUGCUGGUGAAGUUUCAAGACCAAGAACUGUUAUUCCAAUGGCUGGUAGAAGAGCUUAUAUUAGAAUCUAUAUUUUCUACUUAGGUGGUUUAUUCUUUAUGGCUUCAUUAUGUGCUUCUAAUGAUCCAGGUUUAUUAGCUGCUAAAUCUGGUGGUGCUGUUGGUGCUGCUGCUUCUCCUUGGGUUAUUGGUAUCAAUAAUGUUGGUGUUCAUGGUUUAGAUUCUUUAGUUAAUGUUGUUAUUGCCUUAUCUGCUUGGUCUUGUGGUAAUGGUUUCAUGUAUGGAGCCACUAGAACUGCUUAUGCUGCUUCAUUAGCUGGUUAUUUACCAAGAUUCUUUUCCAAAUGUUUAAGAAAUGGUUGUCCAAUUUAUUCUGUUGUUGGAUCUAUCCUUAUUGCUUGUAUUGCAUUCUUAAGUGUUAAUAACUCAACUGGGGUUGUUUUCAACUGGUUAGUUAAUUUAAGUACUACUGGUAUUUUAGUUACUUAUCUUUGUAUGUGGUGGUGUUACUUCAAAUUUAAAGCUGCUUUCAAAGCUCAAGGUUUCAGUGAAGAAACUGAUUCUUAUUUCAGACCAAGUUUCUUUGUUCAUCCAUACAUGACUUACUUUUCAUGUUUCUUAAUUGCCAUCAUUUUAUUCUUCAAUGGAUUCUGGAUUUUCUUCCCAGGUAACUUUAGUGUUGCUGAUUUAUUCACUUCAUAUUUUGCUCCAGUUUUCACUGUUUGUUUAUUCGUAUUCUGGAAAUUCUUCAAAAAGACUAGUUUUAGAACUGAUUUAGAAGCUGAUCUUCUCACUGGUAAACAACAAAUCGAUGAUGAGGAAGCUAUUGCUCUUGCAGAAUAUGCUGCAGCUCCUAGAAAAUCAGGAAUCUUCUGGAGAAUUUAUUAUAAAACAUACGAUGUUUGUUUUGGUUAG